AUGAUAAAAAGUACAACACCAUUAAUUCAACAAAAGAAAAGAAAAAAUUUACUUCCUAAUUUUAAAACAAUGAAUAUAAAAUGUAAAGAUAUAUGUGAACAUUGGGGAAUUAUUUGGUUAAAUUUUGAAAAAUUAAUAAGAAGUCAUAAUGAGAAUUUAUUAAAAAAAGUUCCAUGGCAUUAUAACAAUUUACAAUUUAAAAUGAAACACCAAUCUAUACAUAUAUCUUCAAUUAAUAUAAAAUUAUUUCCUGAUUAUUUAGAUAAACAAUUAUAUAUAAGAUACGAUAAUCCUAGUUUACUUAAAUUACAUCCACAACAAUUAAUUGAAAAAUAUUGUAUGAAUCAAUAUUUAAAAUCAAUUCCAAUGAAAAGUUGUUUAAAAAAUGAAUUUGAAAGAAAAACAAAAGUACCAGGAUAUUAUAUUUAUAAUUAUGGAAUUGUUGGUAUUAAUGAUUCAAAAUUUGAAGAUAUUGUUUAUACAGCUCAUAUUCCUUGUAUGAUUUCUUUAAUAGAUCAACAAUUUCCUAUUAUUUCAGUUACAUUUACUAUGUUAAUUCCUUCUAAUAUUCAUAUAUCAAACAAUACAUUUUUAUGGGACAUUUUUCUUGAUAAUUUAAAUCUCCUUUUUUUUGAAUUCCAAUUAAAACAUUUAGAAGAACAUGGCAAAAAUAUUGAAAGUUAUAAAUUAUUAAAUGACUCAUUAACUUCAUUAAUUAAUCAUUUUGAUGAAUAUCUUCUAAGUGUUACUUCUAAACAAAUUAAAAAGAAAUUAAUACUUCCUAAUAAUUUUCCAUCAGAAGAAUUUAUACAAAAAAUAAUAACAAGUCAUUUAACUUCAUAUUAUACAUUAAUUGUUUCUGAUAAUUAUCCUGAAUCACAAUUUGUUUAUGAUUUAUGUUAUCCAUUAGAUAUACCUGAUAUAUACAAUCAACCAUUAUCUUCUCCUAUUAAUCCUAGAAUAUUAUUUCAACCAAAUCCUUUCUUUAGAACUAUGUGUUUAACUAACUUCUCAGAAAAUUUAUAUUUCUCUUUACCAUUUCCUUUUUGCGUAAUUGAUCCAUUAAAACAAACAAUUGCUAGAAGUUCUACUCAAUGUAUUAUUAAAUAUUUUAUUCAACGUUUAAAUUAUUUCUUAUUUAAAGCUUCUCAACGUCUUGGAAUUACAAAAUUUAUUGCAACUAUUCCAAUUACUGAAAUUCUUGUUUCAGUACCUUCAACUCCAUUAAUUGUUCCAUUAUCAAAAAUUAUAUUAUCAAUUAGAACUGAUAAAGAAGCUGAUUAUCUUCAUACUUUAAUGUUUAAAAUGUGUGAUAUUCUUGCAAUGAAAGCACAUAUUAUAUUUACAAUGCUAAAAUCAAAAGAUAUAUAUAAUGAUGGUCAACUUACUCUUCAAACUAUUAAUGAAAUAAAAAAACAAACAGGAUGUGAUACUGAAGCAUUAAAAAUAAUAGUAGGAAUUUUAAAAUUUUCAGAGCCUUAUGUUAUUGGAGUAGUAAUGGAAUUAGUAGAAAAAUUAAUUUAA